AUGGCGGAAUCUCCGGUAUCUUCAGAGGACAAAUAUGGCUCUCUCAUGGCCGACCGGGCACUGCUGACUUCCUUGAUGGAGGCGGCAGCUAGUGGCAACAAGGACUCGCUACUAUCGGUCGUGCGCAAAGUAGAAGAGCGAUAUGGAACCCAGGCCUCUUCAAACACUGAAGGCGGAGCUGCUGCAGUAGGGGAUAGUCUGUCUCCUGGCGUCUUGUUGGGCUUUAGAGAUGCUCAUGGCCGCACAGUUGCGCACUUUGCUGCCCUUGGUGGGGCCCCCGACGUUUUGGAACUGGUUAUCAAACUCUGCCCCUCAGCAGUUAAUGUCAAAGAUAACAGUGGGAAGACUCCCCUUUUUACUGCUGCGUCUUUGGGACACGUAAAGUCCUUGGAACUGCUCCUAAAUAGAGGAGCUGACGUAGGCGCAAGCAGCGAGGGCGGUAGCACUGCCCUCCAUGAGGCCGUCUACGCUGAAAAGGCUGCUGCGGUAAAGCUUCUGCUUGAACACGGUUCCAACCCGAAUACGGCCUCUGAUAUGGGUACCCCGAUCCAGAUCGCGGCGGUAACACAGCAAAAGGAGAUAUUGGAACUGUUGUUGUCGCACGGAGCGGACCCCAAUGGCAUCCCUACUGCUGAUGCCUCUUCUGCCCCUUCCAGCCCUUUUCCGCCGGCAUUGAUCCUGGCUGCAUCCAAAAACGAGUGCGCCAUCUUAAAGCUGCUGCUGGAGAAAGGCGCAGACCCAAAUGCUGCGGAUGCUGAGGGCUUUACGGCUCUCCACUGUACGGCCGAGACAAACUGUGCAUCGUGCACGCAGUGCCUUCUGAGCUCAGGGGCAAACUGGGGGAUGCUUGCGAAUGACGGUUCAGCGCCUCUCGAUCUGGCACGCCAACACAAAUCUGAGGCGGUAUUGAGACUGCUGGAGCCACUUGGCGAAAGUCUCCGCAAGCAGCGACCAAAUCCUUCACCAGCCCCGAAGGAAAGUUCAACUGCUGCGGAGACAGGAGAAACCACCACGAGCAAUGAUCCGGCUGGCAAGGUUUCUUUCGUCCCAAUUACGUUGGAUCCGGCUGGCCAGGCAUUGCCAGGGAUGGUUUCGAAUGUAGAGAAGUUGAAAGACGAGGGGAACGCGGCUUUUCGAAUAAGUGAUUUUAUGACGGCGAGGGCGAAGUACACACAGGCAAUCGAGGAUUGCCCAAAGGUGGAGAUCCUGCGGGACCUGCUGGGAAUCCUUUAUUCUAAUCGGAGCUUUACCAACGAGCAACUAGCAGAUGCGGAAGCGGCCUUAGCGGAUGCGCAAUGGCUGAUGCGAAUCAUGCGGGUGCAGGCUACACAGUUGCGCCCCGAAUGGAGCAAAGCGCAUUAUCGGCUCGCACGUGCCCACCGGCUGUCUGGUGGCACUGAAGAUUACAUAUCUGAGCUUUGGGAGGCCCUUCGAUUAGACCCCACUAGUUCUCAGAUACAGGAGGAGAUGAACGCUGCCGUCCAGGCCGCCCGACAGACCAAUGCGAAGGGCAAAUCCAACGUGUCUGCCUGA